AUGGGGAGACAGGUACCGAAGAUGUCGGCCAGAGUGGUCAACGCGAUCAGGAACCUAAGAGAGGCGCAUGGAUCUACCUCGAAGGAGAUCAUGCAUUAUAUCACGUCGCAGUGUAGUAUUCCUGAGUUGUCCGUGCAGAGACAGAUGCAAGCAGCGUUGAAACGGGGCCUGGAAUACGGUAUCCUAAAGAAGAACAACGGUCACUACUUCUUGGACACCGAAACGGAGCCUCAGUUUGCUGCGGGCUUGGCGCCGGUCGAGCGGAGCAGAAAGCGACGAAGGCGCGGCAGGAGCAGGCGACGAAGAGGUCGACGACGCAGCCGCGGCAGAAGGAAACGUAGAGGAGGUCGCAGAAGGCGUAGUCGUCGUCGUCGUCGUUCGCGUAGACGAAGGAGUCGCGGUAUGAAGGCGAGAAGAAUAGGUUGCACCAGGUGCAAGUGCACCAAGAGGAGCAGAGAGAUACGUGCCCUGAGGAACAAUCCCGAGACGGAGCAACAAAUCCCCGACGAGGAGGGUGUGUGUACGUGCGACAAGGAGAGUAACUCCGAGCAUCGGAGCAGGCAGAGCAAGAGUCGCGAGUGUAGUCUGAGCCACAGUCGAUCAUCAGCGAACAGCGAUCGGGACGGCGCGAUCGAUGAUCGACGCACGAUCCAUGAUCAAGAUUAA